CCUCCUCGCCUUCUGUGGCCAACAACACACAACUCGGUCUUCUUGGCGCGCUCGCCAGCCACAAUGGUGGACCAUAGUUUACCAAGCUACCCGCCGGGUUAUACGCGCAACAGAGGGGGGCUCGCAGACACAAUCAACACCCGCUAUAGGCUGCGGUACCGCAAAUGGAACUUUGUGGUCUUCCGUGGCACCUAUGAAGACGACGCGCUUUGGGCAAAAUUCGUUGCCCUCCUUAAGGACAACUACGCCGCCCGCCUGGAACGCGAAGAGGCACAGGACGAGCUGGGACCCGAUCUUGAAUGGACCAUUAUUGAGGACAAGGCCCUCGAGGGCGCGUCUAGAAAUGCCAUCCGCGCCCGCUUCCUCGAAUGGAUCGCCGCGCGCUCCGACGAGCGCGACGGGCCCGGCGCCGCGGCGCCCUGGAUACCCAAGGAGUGCCCGCGCUUCAAGUACUGCAUCUACGUGGAUCGCGCCUGCUUGGAUUCUCUCACCGUGGCGCGGAACUACCGCCGCGGUCCAGGGAUCCAUUGGUACCUACGAGGCCAAGUUGUCGUUAUUGACGGCACUCACGGGCACCACGAUGAGGAUCCUGACGACGAGGACGAGGACGAGGACGAGGACGAGGGAUAUGAGCCUCUCGAAGGGAAUCCUGCUUGGGAUGUUGGCUGGACCUAUGUCGACGCCGGCUUUUUAACGGGAACUUACGAGAGCUUGCAUCUCAAAAUGACCGAUUGGGAAACGACCCAAGCGUGGGACUGGAGAACCUCUUGCAGCAAUUAA